CGCCGGGCCAGGAGCGGCCCCCCAGCAGCGAGAGCCCUGGGCGGCCACUAGAGCCCGAGGGUGGGGCUAGUCUCGGAGCACCGGCCAGCUGUCCGCCCCCUAGAGGCCCCGCCUCCCAGCCAGGCAAGCGAGAAAACCCCUCCCCCGGGCGGAGACAGCUCCUAGAAGUCGACGCCGCGUCCCGCCGCUGUGCCAAGUACCCAGAGGCCGCCGCCGCCGCCGCCGCUUCGCGGAGUUCCUGUGGCUACCACCGCGCGGAGCAUGGGGCGCUAAUGGCCAUGGAGGGCUACAGGGGCUUCUUGGGGCUGCUGGUGUCGGCGCUGCUCGUCGGCUUCCUGUCUGUGAUCUUCACCCUCAUUUGGGUCCUCCACUACCGGGAGGGGCUCGGCUGGGACGGGACCGCGCUCGAGUUUAACUGGCACCCUGUGCUCGUGGUCACCGGCUUCGUCUUCAUCCAGGGCAUCGCCAUCAUCGUAUACAGACUGCCAUGGACCUGGAAAUGCAGCAAGCUCCUGAUGAAAUCCAUCCAUGCAGGGUUAAACGCUGUUGCUGCCAUUCUUGCAAUUAUUUCUCUGGUGGCUGUUUUUGAUUUCCACAAUGCCAGGAACAUCCCCAAUAUGUAUAGUCUGCACAGCUGGGUUGGACUGACAGCUGUCAUUCUCUACAUCUUACAGCUUCUCCUAGGUUUUUUGGUCUUUCUGCUUCCUUGGGCUCCACUUUCUCUCCGAGCACUUCUCAUGCCCAUACAUGUUUAUUCUGGACUUCUCGUCUUUGGAACAGUGAUUGCAACAGUACUUAUGGGAGUGACGGAGAAACUGAUUUUUUCCCUGAAAAAUCCUGCAUACAGUACAUUCCCACCAGAAGGUGUUUUCACAAAUACCCUCGGCCUUCUGAUUCUGGUGUUUGGGGCUCUCAUUUUUUGGAUAGUCACCAGACCACAAUGGAAACGUCCUAAAGAACCAAAUUCUGUCCUUCUUCAGCCAAACGGAGGCGCUCCAGAGGGAAUGGAAGGUUCCAUGGCAGUGAACUUUGGCAAUAUGGACAAAUCAGAUUCAGAGUUAAACAGUGAAGCAGCAGCAAGGAAAAGAAACAUCACCCUUGAUGAGGCUGGACAGAGAUCCACCAUGUAAACUGGGCUAGAGAUGUAGCCAUAUAACUUCCAUUAGUUCUACAGUUUAGCUUCUCUUAUUUAGCCGUAAGAUGAUUGAGCUCCACAGACUCAAUAUUUAUUCUAAUCAUAAAGUAGGAUUUCUUGAAAGCGUUUGUAUUGAUUGAGGCCUAUGAACUUACCUGAAUUGGAAAGGAGAUGAUCAAUGUAAAUAACAGCAGGUGUAAAUUGUGGUUAUAUUACCUUGUUCUUGUUGAGGACCAAAGCAUUUAGCACAGUGCCUUGCAUAGAACAAAUGAUGAAAAUGUAUCUGUCGGUUGGUAAAUUUGAUAAACUGGCAGCUUCCCUGGCCUCUUGUCAUUCAGUCAUUCUCUGUUAAUUCUGGGAGUCCAGUUGCAAAGUUUUGGAAUCAGAUCAUGAAUAUGUGGGACAGGAUUAAUGCUACACAGAUGUCAUGACUAGAGCACAGAAAAAAAUUUAGGAAAGUAACUGGUUCCCUUUUCCCUGUGCCUACCCUUUGCUCCCUCCCCAGCUGUUUUAUCCUUAGAUUGGCCCUGGAGACCAGGGUUUAUAUUAGGGCAUUUUGGAGCAGUGAUAGGGCUGUAGGUAGCUGAAGAUCUUGCCUGGUCGGACCUGGAAGUUUUUCUGAAACUGACUUAAUCCCAAGGCUUCCUUGGGUUUGUUAUACUUUAUGAUCCAGAUUCUAAACUUAAUUAGGAUGAGAAUAUGCCUGAAUGCUUAAGCAGUAUAAACUACUCCACAAACCUUAAAGAGCACUUUUCCCAAAGUUUCUGGUUU